CAGGGAACAAUAAGUGUUGGGAUUGAUGCCACGGAGCUGUUUGAUCGCUAUGAGGAAGAAUUCGAGGACUUACCAGGAAGCGGCUUUCCCCAGAUUGAAAUAAAUCGUAUGCACAUCUCUCAGUCUAUUGAGGCUCCCCUCACAGCAACAGACACUGCCAUCCUUUCCGGAAGCCUCUCCACACAAAAUGGCAACGGCGGCGGAUCAAUAAACUUCGCUUUGAGACGAGUGACCUCGGCCAAGGGAUGGGGGAGAGUCGAGUUCGGAGCUGGUGAUCUUCAGGGACCUCUUUUCGGAUUAAAGAUUUUUCGGAAUCUCACUCCAAAAUGUUUCUUCACUACAAACUGUGUACUGCAGUUCUCCUCCCGGGGGAUCAGGCCCGGCCUCACGACAAUGCUGGCACGGCAUCUAGACAAAAACACAAUGGGUUACGUGCAAUGGCGGUGGGGUAUCCAGUCUGCUAUGAACACCAGUAUUGUGCGGGACACAAAGACCGGCCACUUUACGUUGGCGUUACAGCUUGGAAUCCCGCACUCCUUUGUAAUGGUCAGCUACCAGCACAAAUUUCAAGAUGAAGAACAGACGCGAGUGAAAGGUUCCAUAAAGGCUGGACUUUUCGGGACCUUGGUGGAGUAUGGAGCUGAGAGGAAAAUUUCAAGGCACAGUGUUUUAGGAGCCACCGUCAGUAUUGGCGUGCCACAAGGGGUGUCUCUAAAGGUCAAGUUGAAUAGAGCCAGCCAGACAUAUUUCUUCCCUAUCCACCUGACGGAUCAGCUCCUUCCCAGCGCCGUGUUUUAUGCCACCAUAGGGCCCCUCGUUAUCUAUGUGGCCAUGCACCGGCUUAUUAUCAAGCCGUACCUCAAGGCACAGAAGGAGAAGUAA